AUGACGAUGCUCGUGUGGUGGCUCCUCAGCGUCGUGGGGCGGAGGUGGUGGACUAGAGCGCUCUCAGUGGAGCCUGGGGUCUGCCGAUUCGCCGGCGACGACGUCGAUGACGUAUGGGUGCAGCUGCACUACGUGGCAGAGGGCGGACGGGUCAUCCUGUCCCCAGAGGUUGACAUCUACGUGGAGGUCAUGAGCUGCGGCAGGGCCGAGACCUGGCCUGCCCGACCCAUCCCGCUGGCGCAGCGGAUGGGCAGGAUGCGGAGGCUGUAUCGCUUCGAGGAGGCGCUGGGGCCUGAGAGUCGGGCCAGGACGCUGACGCGGGGCCGUCAGGCGGCGCUGGAGGUAGAGGCGGCGUCGCCUGAGCCGAGGGAGGCCGGGGCCGUGAGCGGCCAGCGGGUCUCGUGGCAGGAGGACGCUGGUAGGCGUCUGGCCGUGGAGCGGAGGGGCCUGCUGUACCCGAGCAUGGCCGUGGCUCGCCGGGCGGGGACGCCGCUGGAGGCUCCUGCUGGGGGUGACGCCUGGGUCGGCCGCGGUGGCGUGCCCGACGGUGUGAUCGGGGCGGAGGUCGACGUGGCGAGGACUGGAGGCCUGAGCUUCGAGGACGGGCCUGAGGCGUUCGGCGUGCUGAGGACCGCCGGCGGUGGUACAGGGCGGCUCGGCCGGCUGGGCGCGGGGUCGGACGCUGGGCGCCUGGCAGAGGAGGAGGCUUUCAGGCAUGGCCCAAGCAGGAGCCAGGCGCGAGCCAAGGGCCCCGAGCGCCGACGCACUGCGGCCGCGGCGCCGCUCGAGGAUGAGGAGCCCGCCGGGCCCCCACGCGGCACGGCUAUGCCAGAGCUGGCGCAGCCGCUGCUGGAGGGGCCGCAGGGCGAGCAACGCGACGCCCUCGCCCGCACGCUCUGGGUCUUCUACGACGAGCAGGGCGGACGGGACAGACGAUGGCGAGACGUGGUAGGCGAGUCGAGGCAGGGGCGCCGCCCAGACGCACGGGUGGGCAGACCGCCGGGGGCUCUCCACAUGCGCGAGCACAUGGUGAGGCACGGAGGCGACCUGCGGCUCGAGCCCGACCUCACCGUAUGCGUGAGGGGCCGUGGGGAGAAUGACUGGGUGGUGCAGAAGCUGAGGACGAUCGUGGAGGCCUGGUACCAGGGCUUAUUACGUGUCCAGCUGAACAUGAGCGGCCUGAUGAUGGUGGGGAAGAUGACUCACCGCGGGUCCGCCACGCUGGAGGCCUACGGAGACCUGCUCAAGCCGAGCUGGACGAACGCGGACAUCUUCGCGGACGUGAGCUCGGAGAAGGACGUCUCGGGGUCAGAGCUCAGGGGCUACAUCCACCAAGGGGCGCAGAAGACGUACGAGGUGGAGCAGGUGCAGAAUCGGGCAGGUACGCUACGCGGGGUGCCUACUAGGACCGUCGGCGGAGCAGAAGGAGCUGGAGGCGACGCAGCAGCUCGCAGCUUCCUGCCGCUCCCGCUGCUGGGCGACGCUGGCCGCCGAAUUCGCGGCAGGUCUUGCAGGGCGAGGCAGUUCGGCCGAGAGAAUCGGAUUGCGGCGGAGGUCAACGGUAUCGUCGAUGCCGUUAACUGGAUGUCGGGGUACGACUCGCUUCCUGGCCCAGCCAAUGACAUGCAGCGGGAUGUACUAGCGCGCUUCGAGGGCCUCGUUCGGGGCCGGCAGCCGGACGCCAAGUUGCAGGAUCCGCAGGCGGCCCUCCGGGAGCUGCUGCGGGGCCGCUCGCCAUACGACGGGCGCAGUGGCCCGACGACGGUCGCCUCCUACAGUGCAGGGCUCGUCAGCAUGCCGAUGGACGUGAGCGACUGCCCGCGUCUAGAGGACCUCUUGCCUGGCGAGGCCCUUACUUUCCUGCAGGAGCGCCAUGAGCGCAUGUUGCGAGAAUCACCCUUGCCGACUGACGUCGAGCCAUACUUCGACUCGGUCCUCAAGUUCAACCACAAGGAGUACCGCGGCCUGGUGCGCCGGCUGCUGUCGGCUGGCAUUCUGGGAUGGACUCUAACACCGAAAGAGAGAAUUGGGAUGUUUUUCGUGUGGAAGGAUGGGCGGCGCCGACUUCGCCUCAUAGUCGACGCCCGCCGUACGAACGCCCACUUCAAGGACCCUCCUGGGGUGGAGCUUUUGAGCAGCGAGGGCCUUGCCAGAAUCGAGGUGCACGUGCCAGACGCGGGCUUCUCGAACUACGAGGACCUCCGCGCCGCGCUGGAGGCGCAGCAGGUGUACAUCGGCAUGGCGGACGUGAAGGACUGCUUUCAUAGGAUGCGUAUUGAUUCGGCCCUCUCGCAGUACUUCUGCCUGCCGCCGGUCAAGGCUGGGGCUUUCGGCGUGACCGAGGUCGAGGGGACCAAGGUGCAGACGUCGACGGCCAUCUACCCUUGCUGGCAGGUGCUGCCCAUGGGCUUCAGCUGGUCCCUCUACUUCGCCCAGCGGGCCAACGAGGAGGUGAGCCGCCGCAGCAGCGCGCUCCUUCGGGGGCCCGGUCUCUCAGACCAUGGGCCACCGCUCGUGUUCGCGCCGGGCAGAGCGUCCCAGGAAGUCAGGCACUACGUGUAUGUUGAUAACUUGGGGGUCUUCUCGCUCUUCUCUGAACUCGUGAGCGGCGUGAUGAACCAGCUGACAGGCGAGUUCACCAAGCUGAGCCUACUGCUGCACAAAGACGAGCUGGUGCCGGACAAGGCAGUAGCGCUGGGCACGGAGAUCGACGGGGGCCAAUUGCGCACUCGUGUGACCAGUGAUCGGUUCUGGCGCUGCCGCCAGGCCGUGCGAGGCCUCCUAGCCCGCCGCCGUGUCAAGGGGUGGGCCGUGGAAGCAGUGCUGGGCCACUUAACCUUUUGUGGCCUCUGCUCGCGCGGCACCUUGUCAGCCUUCAAUUCAGUCUACGGCUUCGUGCGAGCCCACUACGACGAGGCGGCCGUGCUAUGGACUGAGGCGCGGCAGGAGCUGACGGCCUUCAGCUCUUUGAUGUACUUCCUGGAAUCAGAUUGGUGGCUACCUUGGAAUCCCUUGGUGCAGCAGUCAGAUGCCAGUCUUCACGGCUACGGACUGGCAAGGGCCUUUUGGCCGCGGGAGCUGGUGGAGUCAGUCGGGCGCGUGCCUGAGCGAGCCCGCUUCCGCCGGCGCUGCGCGCACAGUGCCCGCGAGGCUGCGCUCUGUGCAGCUGGUUUCAGCAUGAGCGAGAGUGGAAAAUGGGAACUCAAGGGCCUUCCUGAAGAUGAGGAGGAGCUGGGCCAGUGGGACGUUGUGAGGGACUUCCCGGAGGUGCCCGCCCGGGGGCUCCGCGCAGGUCUGCGGGAGCCCUGCUUCGCAAGAGCCUGGCAGCACCCUGAGGGCAUCCUGACCUUAGAGGCCCGAGCCCUGCUGUUGGAGCUCGAGGGCUCCCAGGCGGGCUCAGGGCGGGUUCCCGCCUGGUCCGCACCUGAGAAGGUAGCCGGUGGCGCCGCGGCCCGCGAUGCUGCCUGUGUGCCCGCGGGCGCCAGACGGGCGUGGCCGCUGCCUCGGCCCCCUGCAGACCAGACAGGGCGCGAGGCCAGGGGCGGGACGCCGGCGCACGCGGCGGCCGGCGCCGGUCAGGAGGCGGGGUGCCCGUGGCAGCUUGCCCCUUUGGCGCCAGUGACGCCGCUGCCGUCGCCGGCAGCUCGGCGGGCGCACCUGCUGUGCGAGUCGGAGCUCCUGAAGACAGCGGUGCAGGGCCGUCCCCUGCCGCGGAGCCUGGGGCAGAUGGCGGAGGACCUGAAGGAGAUGCCUGUGCCAGCGGAGCCCACUCAGGGAGUGCGAGAGAGCGACGGCUCCUCCGACAGCGGGAGCUCCGAGCCCGAGGUCGAGACCGACGCCGCGCGGCAGCCCAGGCUCGCGCAGUCGCACGAGCGCCUUGCCCGCCACUACGGGUCCCCUUACCUGGAGAGGGAGGCCGCGUGGAUUCCGUCGCUGCGCGAGUACCAGAGGGUUGCGACCGUUGGCGAGGUCAUGGAGAGCAGGGACGAUGCCAUGGUGACCUCGGCGUUGGUGAGCCAGCUGACCGGACUGCGCCAGACUGGGACUCACCCCUCCUGGGCCGAGAGGCUGAUGGUCGGCGUCCUGCACUUCAACCCCGACGGGUCGAGCUACGGUGCCUGGCGCCUCCCCCCGGGCUUGAGUUUCUGGACCCUGAGGCUCUCCCCGGAGGAGGAAGGCCCGUGGGAGAGAGCGGGCCUGGUGAAGGUGUCGCUAGAGUCAGACUCGACCUGGAUGCGCUUCUUGUGCCCUGUGCUGUGUCAGAUGAAGAAGGUGAAGCACCCCGAGUACCCGUGGAACUUCACGUGCCCAGAGUACCGCAGGAGGUUCAGCCUACGUCUCCAAGACCUGCCAGCAAGAGCCGAGUUGGUGCCGUAUCAUGUUUGCCUUUCAAGGGCCUUGGUAUGCAUGGCGAGGAGGUGGGGGCGGCUGGCCGAGGUGCAGACACGCUGGCAGUGGAGAGCCAAGCGCAGCGUCGUCCGCUACGAGAAGCACGCGCGCCUGGCAGCCACGUGGUCAACUCGGAGCCGCACGGUGCAAGACGUGUUCCUGGUCUGCGGGGUUCAGCUCGCGGGCAUCAUUUCGGAUCGCGCCUCGCCGCUCGACUUGCGGGAGCUCGGCUGCGUCUGA